GGCUGUGGAUCCUCACUUCCGGUACUCGCGCAGUGGUGGCGGCGGACGAGUGACCCUCUGACGUUCCCGCUGUGGACCCGCGCAAUGACCCGAGACGCAGAACCCCGCGACGAGCUGCCGGACUGGGUGGGCGCCAAAGAGUUCUACCAGAAAUACGACCCCAAGGAGAUCAUCGGCAGGGGGGUGUCCAGCACGGUGCGGCGCUGCAUCCACAGAGACACCAGGCGGCAGUAUGCAGUGAAGAUCAUUGAGGUGACCCCAGAAAGGAUGAGUCCAGAACAGCUGCAAGAGGUCCGAAUGUCCACUGCCAAGGAAAUGGAGAUCCUACACCAAGUUUCCCAACAUCCCUUCAUCAUCACACUGAUUGAUUCAUACGAGUCCUCCACAUUCAUAUUCCUGGUUUUCGACUUGAUGAAGAGGGGGGAGCUGUUCGACUACCUAACAGAGAAGGUGACCUUGAGUGAGAAGGAGACCAGGUGCAUCAUGCGUUCUCUGUUGGAGGCGGUCUCGUAUCUACACGCACAUAACAUUGUUCACCGUGAUCUGAAACCAGAGAAUAUUCUCAUGGACGACUGUCUGAACAUCAAGCUUUCUGACUUUGGCUUCAGUUGUGUUUUGAAGCCUCAGGAGAAGCUGCGAGAACUCUGUGGGACACCAGGAUAUUUAGCUCCAGAAAUCCUCAAGUGUUCAAUGGACGAAACCCACCCAGGAUAUGGAAAGGAGGUGGAUCUGUGGGCAUGUGGGGUGAUCAUGUUUACGCUACUGGCUGGCUCGCCUCCAUUCUGGCAUCGUAGACAAAUGUUAAUGCUCCGCAUGAUUAUGGAUGGACGCUAUCAAUUCAGUUCUCCAGAGUGGGAUGACCGAUCUGCGACCUCAAAAGAUCUGAUCUCCGGUCUUCUUGAGGUGUCACUAGAGAAGCGUCUUACAGCAGACCAAGCCCUUCAGCACCCAUUUUUUCAAAGUCACCAACGAGGCGGUGGCUCCACGGUCACUCCAUAUCACCGCUUCCGGAUCGCGGCUUGGACCGCUUUGGCUUGUGUCCGCAUUCUUGUUCGAUGGCGACGAGCUCGGCCCAUUACUCGUGAGCUUCUCAUAAGAGAUCCAUACGGAGUAAAGGGCAUCCGGAGACUUAUCGAUGGCUGCGCUUUCCGGAUUUAUGGGCACUGGGUGAAAAAGGGAGAAAGACAGAACCGCGCGGCUUUAUUUCAGAAUCAGCCGAAAGCCCUUUUAUUAACGAUGGGGGAUGAUGAGGACCAUGAUGGCGAACUGUAAGUGAUGCAAAAACAGGGUCUGAAGAGUAAGAGGAUCUGUCUGCUGCAGGACUGUUUACCCAUCAUGGGUCACACUGCAGCCAGCCGGACAAUAUCCUUCUGAGGGAUAGCCGCCCUACCGCCGUAAGGCUAUCUACACACUAAUUACCUGUCAUCUGGAUUGUUUUGGUGGCAAACUCUAGAUCUCCAUAAGACCACACGCAGAUGAAGAGGACAGUGUCUGAACGCUCGGCAGUAGAUCUGUGCCAUGUGAUUGUGGCCUGCCCCCACGUUCUACUGGGUUAGUACACCAACCUGGAAACUAGUGUACACCCCAUUGUCCAGAUGUUACUGUUGAAGGGGUUGUAUCCUGGCUGGCAGCUACUUCCCCCAAGCCCACCAUUUAUCAGAAGCCGACAUUGUGCCCUGUGGGUAAUGCGUCCUGUAGUGGGGCCUUGGAAUACAGGACGCACAUGCUCACUGCGCAUCUAUUUCUUCUCCUCAAUGACCCCUCCUCCAGCUGCGUCUCCGUGACGGACGACCACACCAAUGAACCUUACAAGUUGCAUCUAUUAGAAAUCCAGUUACACAGAUCACUGACCAGAAGGAGGCAGAGACUGUUACACAGGACACAUCUCGCAGCCCUCUGGUAGGAGGACCGCAGUCACAUGACAAACCCGGACGUGGGAUUCAAGCAUGGGGGAUAAGAGAGAGCUGGAAGAACGAGAGAACUAGAAGUAGUUCCGGCACAACUCCUUCAAUGCUGUAUGACUUACAUACGUGUCACGGCACUAAACUGUCGCCAUGUCUAUGUACAUGACGAGGCUGAGAUCGCUCUGAUGGGCUAGUCUGUACAACCGGAGGAUUCGAGCGCUUGGGGUCCCUGCAGUACACUAUUGUAGAGCCACCAGACCCACUGGCUCUGGGUACAGAAAGUGUUAAAAAAGAAAUAAAAAUGUCAAUAAAGAAA